ACCAAGUGGUGUAUAAAUCCCCUUCUCCAGCGUAUCCCCCAUCACGGGAGACCCUGGUACUUUGGCCCCCUGGGCGGGAGCUGCAGUCUCUGGCCUUUGGAUCGCCGGGACUUUGUGCUCCCUGCUGGACCCCUCGCUCUCGGCCCCGCUCGCUCUCCACAGGGGUCUCUGGACAUUUCCGACUGGCCCCUUCCCUUCGCCUCUCGCUCCCGUACCAGGAUGUCGGAAAAACGCCUAGAGGAGGCGCCAGCGGAGCUGAGUGCCAAGGAAAUGAAAGAAAAGAAAGAAAAACUAGAAGAGAAAACAGUCCACAAAGAAAAGAAGAAGGAGAUAGCAGAGGAUGAAGAAAAUGGCGCUGAAGAGGAUGAGGAAGAGAAUCCUGAGGAUGUGGAUGAAGAUGAAGGUGGUGAUGAGGAUGAAGAUGGAGAUGAGAAUGGGCAAGAGCAGGAUGGACAUGCAGAAAAACGAUCUGCAGAGGAGGAAGAGGAUGAAGUGGAUCCAAAGAGACAGAAGACAGAAAACGGAUCUUCAGCUUGAGUCCUUCCCUCCCAUCUUUUCUGUUCCGUCCACCUCUCCACCUCCAUUCCAGCCCAUGCUUGCACUGUCCAUUAUUAGCCUCUGGCUUCCCACAGUCUCAGAUGAGGAAAGAUGAGAAAUGCUCUCAGACAGGGAAGACAGCAGUUUCCUUCCCACCUGAAGAUCUAGCCCAUCUAUGACAGCUGAAAUUAUUCUAGUCCAUCACAUCCUUUCAGCUGUGCCCCACUUACAAAUGAUCCUUUUCCCUCAAGAAUCUCAUCUUUUCCUGUCCCCCAGUAAGUAAUCUUACCAAGCCCGUAUGCCAAACUUCUCACACGGCAAACACGUCUCAUUCCUUUUCACUUGCCCUCUCUUUUCACAAAUACGAUUGAGAUUCUUACCGGCUUCUGCUUCUCAGACCUGCUGUCAGAUAUCCUCCCUGGAUCCAGGAGGCUGUGGGCACAGAUCUCAUGGUGCAUUUUCCAGUCCUAGGUCUCAUCUUCUUUCCCAUUGAACCCUGAGAGACAAAAAGAAUAUUACAAGCAAAUAAUGUUUCUAUUAAACCACAUGCAGAGACAGAAUUUAUUUUAACCUUUUUUUAAGUUUACAUGACAGACAGCAAGCUGGCCCUCGUGAAUUUUUUCAGAAGGUAAAGGUUGUUUUUAUAUACGAAUUUCAUCUGAACUACAUAUUUUUUAAUUUGGAGGCUUUUUUAAAAACAAAUGAAGAGAUAAACAAUUGAGGACCAAACUUUGAUUUCCAUUUUUCCCUUCAGAUUCUCUUGUGACCAUUUUUUUUGUAAAUUAAGGCAAUACAGCCACAGCAUUUUCUAUGGCACAAACAUCACAAGGAUGAUAGAUAUAAAUAUAUAUAUUGUUUUCAACUAGCACUGUAAAUAAAAGCAUUUAAAAAUA